UUUUACAGGAAAUGUAGCUAGGGGCAACGAGAGGAAGCCGCCUUCUGAUUGGCGAAGGUACACGGCUUGAGCGUCACGUGGUGUAUACGGCGACCAAGGAAGGACAAAAUUGAAAAAAGAGUUCUCUGGGCCCUGCCCACUGUGAAUAAAGUGUAAGCUCGGUGCCGAGUGACGGGAGAGGCCGGCGGCGGAGUGACUAUGAGCAGCAAACGGGAAGCGGAACUGUGCGACUCGCUGCUGACAUGGAUGCAGACAUUUCAAGUGUCUGGUCCUUGCAGUUCUUAUGAGGAUCUCACAGGAGGAGUCGCUAUUGCACAGGUCUUGAAUCGCAUAGACCCAUCCUGGUUUAAUGAGGCCUGGUUAAUGAGAGUAAGGAAGGACACCACAGAAAAUUGGCGAUUAAAGGUCAGCAAUCUGAAGCGAAUCCUGCAGAGUGUGCUUGAAUAUUACCAGGAUGUCCUGGGUCACCCUGUUUCUGAUGAUCACAUCCCAGAUGUGGCUCUGAUUGGGGAGUUUUCUGAUGUUGCUGAACUGAGGAAAAUGGUGCAACUGGUGCUAGGAUGUGCUAUCAGCUGUGACAAGAAGGAAGUGCACAUUCAGCAGAUAAUGACACUUGGAGAGUCUGUCCAGCAAGCAGUGAUGGAAUCAAUACAGGAGCUGCUCAGCAAGGACCCCACAGAUGCAGUAACAAGUGAAAGUUACAUUAACUAUGAUAGCCAGUCCCGCAAAUACUAUUUUUUAAGUGAGGAUAAUGAUGAAAAAAACGAGAUUCUGCAGCGUUGCCAUGACCUAGAACAGCAGGUUUCUCUGCUUAUGGAAGAAAAGAAGAACCUGGUGGGUGAGAACCGAACCCUAAGAGAACAGCAGGAGCAGUCUGGCAUGGGUACUCCCCAAAUGUUCAACAAAAAGUUGCUCCUUCUACAGAGCCAGAUUGAACAACUACAGGAGGAAAACUACAGGCUGGAGAGCUCCAGAGAUGACUACAGACAGAGAUGCGAGGAAUUAGAUCGGGAUGUGCAAGAACUGCAACAGCGCAACCAGGACCUGACCGGCUUGGCACACGAGGCCCAGGCACUUAGAGAUGAGAUGGAUGUUCUUCGUCACUCCUCUGACAGAGUGGGGAAGCUGGAAUCCCUGGUGGAGUCCUAUAAGAAGAAGCUGGAAGAUCUGGGGGACCUGAGGAGACAAGUGAAGCUCUUGGAGGAGAGGAACACGGUGUACAUGCAGCGCACCUGCCAGCUAGAAGAGGAGCUUCAUAAGGCCAAUGCCUCCCGUGGGCAGGUGGAAAGUCUUACCAGACAGGUCCAGGAGCUGCAUAAGAAGCAUUCCACCGAGUCUCUACGGGCUGAGAAAUGGCAGUUUGAGUUCCAGACCCUUAAAGAAAAAUUUGAGGAUUUGCAGAAAGAGAGAGAGAGGCUGAUAGCUGAGCGGGACUCACUGCGGGAGACAAAUGAUGAGCUGCGCUGCUCUCACCUGCAGCAGACUUGCCUGGGACAAGCAGAUGUGCUGCUUUCAGGAUCUUCUCCUCCUUUGGAAAAUUUAGCAGCAGAAAUUGUCCCAGCAGAGCUCAGAGAGACAGUAAUUCGGCUGCAGCAGGAAAAUAAGAUGCUCUGCACUCAGGAAUCCUCAUACCAAGAGCGCCUCUGUGACCUUCAGAAUUUUCUGGAAGAAUCAAACCGAAGCAAGAACAGACUGGAGAGCGAAAGCAGACUCCAGCAGCAGCAGAUCAAACAGCUGAAAUCUCAGGUGGAGGAACUGCAAAAACAACUCCGGGAGCAGGGGAAUCGGGCAGAGGAUUCUUCCCAGCUGAAGAGAAAACUGGAAGAGCAUCUGGAAAUGCUACACGAUGCUCAUUCCGAACUCCAGAAGAAGAGAGAAUAUAUUGAAACACUGGAGCCAAAAGCUGAUCUCAAUAUGUCCCGUAAGGUGGAUGAAUUACAGCAGAUCCUGCGUCAGAAGGAAGAAGAUAUGAGGGCAAUGGAAGACAGAUAUAAGAGAUAUGUAGACAAAGCUAGAACGGUGAUUAAAAGUCUAGACCCAAAGCAGCAGAACUAUAUCCCUCCUGAGAUUCAAGCCUUGAAGAACCAACUACAGGAAAAAGAUACUCGCAUUCGCCACCUGGAGACUGACUAUGAAAAGACAAAAGUUCAGCGGGACCAAGAGGAGAAGCUUAUUAUUAGCGCCUGGUACAAUAUGGGUAUGGCUCUGCACCAGAAGGCAACGGAUGAGAGAACCCAGCCACCUAACGGCGCCCAGUCUUUCCUAGCGCAACAGAGAUUGGCUACAAAUGGCCGACGAGGACAAAUCUCCCGCUCUCACACACUGCUGCCCCGAUACACUGACAAGCGACAAAGUCUCUCCUGAAGCUGCGCUGCAGCAUUGGCUCCUGGUUCACAACUGGAGAAACACUAAUGAGCCACAAAGAAACAAUCCUCAUGUCAUAUAAGCUACACACUGCUGUGUUAUCCUCAACAGCACAUGGGGACAAUGUGAUAUUGAAUGGUUUUAUUUGUUAAAGGCCAGUCCUUAUUAUAUUGGUAGGGUAUUGGGGUGUCUCAUUGCAGCCCUUCAGCUGUUGCAGAAUUAGAAAUGUCAUAAAUAAAGGACUUGAGUCAGAGAAGCUGCACCUGCAGCUUUUUGGCUGAAUGGAUGCAUGUUGUCCAACCUCAGGAUGAUAAUUCCUUAAUGGGUAUGUAAACCUGUAAACUAAGUGAAUGUAAAAUUGAUGAGGGGGGCUAUUCUAAG